AUGUCCCCAGGUGUCCCCUUCCAUAAUCUGAAAACCGAAGGUCUCUGGCACUUUCCAUUCAAAAUUUAUUCAAAAAAUACCCACUGGCACCGUAAUUUGAAAAGUACAGUGGUUUAUUGCACGAUUUUAAUGGCGUUAGUACAACGUUUUACGAGUACGGUUUCUGCUCAACAUACAGCGGGUGGUACAUAUGAUUUAAUAAGUGGAGAUGGUACAGCCAAUGUCCUUAAGGAUAUUGCAACUGUACAAAAUCGUGACCUAAUGGAAAAACAACAGUUAAAUUCGUUAAAUGAUCGUCUUGAAGAUCUGAUCGGCUAUUUAGAUGGUCUUGAAGCAGCUAAUAAACAACUAUCAGAUGAUAUUCAUUCCUUAAUUGAUAGCUGGGGUAUAACUGGAGAAAAUCGUUUUCGUUUAUUACAAGAUUUAGAUCAAGUAUUAUCAAGAUUGAAAGAUACUAAUCGAAAUAAAAUUAUUCUUAAUGUUGAGUCAAAAAUAUUUGAUGAACAAGCGGAAAUUCUAAAUCGUAUUAGUGCUAUGUAUAUGGAUGUAUUAAAUUUGUAUCAGGAGAAAUAUAGCAUUAUCAAAGAUCUACAAGGUGAAUUAGAAGAUGAAUUUCGUAAAAUUCAACAUCGCUUACAAUUGAGUGAUGAACAAGUGAAAAAAUUAGAUCAAGAUUAUCGGGCAGAACUUGAAAAAUUUCGUCAAUAUAUGAUUGAAUGGUCAAAAAUAGCCUUAGAAAAACAACAGAUUGUAAACGAAAUACAAUCGCUGAAAGAACAAUACAAUUUAAAAAUGGCCUUAAAUCACGAAGAAAUUUUAGAAUGGCAACGAUUAUUACAACGUUUUUCACAUGAUUCUACAAACUAUUAUAAAGAUUCUUUAGAAACAAUUAAACAACAAAUUUAUAAUGAUUAUGAACAAAUGGCAAAAGAACAACAUCUAGAGAUAGAACAGACGCUAAAAACAAGACUAUCAGAAAUACAAGAAAAAGUUUCCAGGGGAUUGCCCAUGUCAGAUCAAGGCGAACAAAAACGCUUGGAGCAGUCGAAUCGUUUUGAAAGUAAAUUAGAAGAAAGUCAACAUGAACACGAUCAUUGGAAUAAUGAAUAUCGACGUUUGUUAGAAGAUACUCAGCGUAAACGUCGUCAACUACAAGAUUUAGAGUCUGAACAAAAUUCACAACAACAAAAAGAUCACAAUCAACACGAACGUUUAAAACAGACAACGAAUACAUUAAAAGAAGAAUAUUAUCAAAUGAAGGAUGAAUUAGAUAGAUUAGCGUAUAGUCUUAGAUUUAGUGUUGAAGAAGAACUAAAAAUAUACGAAGCUUUAUUGAAUUCAUUACAUCGGAAAAAAGAUGAACGAAUUAAUCUUAAUCAACGGCGAAUAAUAACUAGUGGUUCGACAACAAUAGAACAACAAGAACAUGAUCGUAAUAUACCAACUAUCAGGAUUGAAGAGCCUAAUGGUACUAACCGCUGGCAAUUCGAUACUCUUUCCAGACACAGCAGUACUCAAAGUGGUGAUAAAGAUCGUCUAGCAUCAACGUCUUCGAAUUAUGCUGAACAGUAUAAAUCAAAAACGGAUAUGGAAAAAUAUGACUUCGAACAAAAUAUAACUGAUAAAAAUAAAACAACAACGACAACAGUUCGACAAUUUAUUCAUGUAACACCACAACCUGUAUCACAUACUUUAUCAGAAAUCGACGAAGAGUUAUUACAGAAAAAAGUUCAUAUAACAAGAAAAUAUAAAGGAACUAUAUUAAUUAAAUUUGUUGAUGUUAGUGGCCGAUUUGUUGAAAUUGAAAAUAUGGGUGAUUAUCCACGCGAUUUGACCGAUUGGUAUAUAAUACGAGAUGUGGACGGACGCCGUUUUGAAUAUAAUUUUCCUGUUUAUGAACUUGAACAACAUACAUCUGUUCGUAUCUACGGAAAUUAUCAUCGACCAUCGAAUGAUAUCACUAAUGAACCUCAAUUGAUUACCAAAUUUCAUGAUUGGGGAAAUGGACGAAGUAUGGAAACACGAUUAUAUAGUAAAGAUAAUAAAGAAAAAGCAUUCUUCGAACAAACAAUUCGCGAAUAA